AUGUCGGAAGAUCCAUCCGAAGCGCUGACUGAGGCGGACAGUUCUGCCGGUGCGGUGGUGGCGCGCGUGGUGACUCAGGGUGCAGUCGCAUAUUUCCAGCUCACCCAUAUCGCCACCGCCGACCACCCAUCACAGCAAGCUCAACUAGCUCUAUCACCUCCGAUCACAAUGUCGAACCUCAACAUGUCGUCGGGACCGCAGCAGGAAGUGGCGGGCACGCUGCCGAACAACUACUCGCUUGGAGGCGGCAACAUGAAGGCCGACCCCAAGGUACCGACCAACACGAAUCCCAACCCAGAGGCGGGUCGGGACGAUGUCAACACCGGCGGCCGCGGAGGCGAUGUUUUUCGCCAGCCUGUUCAUGCCCAUGACAUCGACAUUCCCGCAAACAAGCCGCACCUGCACGCGGGUGCCAACGAGACGCAUAAGCAGAUCCACUCGUCGCACUCUGGCCCCGGCAAGCCCUGA